AUGAGCUCCAUCAGCAGCACCAGCAUGCUCUCCGAGCGCCAGAAGGACGAACUGCACAAGUCGAUCCUCGACUACUUCAAGACCAACGGUCUGCACGAAUCCUACGCAACCCUCAUGCGCGAGGCGGGGCAGGACGGUUUCGUGCCCGAUCCCAAGGCCAAGUACGCAGGCCUGCUCGAGAAAAAGUGGACGAGCGUCAUCCGGCUCCAAAAGAAGAUCAUGGAGAUGGAAUCGCGCAUGUCGCAGCUUCAGGAAGAACUCGCCGCCGCACCGUCCGCCAAGCGAUCCGCAUCGCUCAACGACUGGGUGCCCCGUGCCUCGGCACGCCACACCAUGCAGGGCCACCGCAUGCCCGUCACCAAAGUCUCGUUCCACCCCGUCUUCAGCCAGGUCGCAUCGGCAUCCGAGGACACGACGGUCAAGCUGUGGGACUGGGAGACGGGCGAGUUCGAACGCACGCUCAAGGGUCACACCAAGGCGGUGCAGGAUGUCAACUUUGACUCCAAGGGCAACUACGUCGUCUCGUGCUCCUCCGACCUGUCCAUCAAGGUGUGGGAUGCCAACAACGACUAUCGCAACGUCAAGACGCUGCAUGGGCACGAUCAUAGCGUUUCCUCCGUCGGCUUUUUGCCGGGUGACGACUUUCUCGUGUCCGCAAGCAGGGACAAGACCAUCAAGAUCUGGGAGCUCGCCACGGGAUUCUGCACACGCACACUGCAUGGACACGCCGAAUGGGUUCGAUCCGCAAUACCCUCCGACGACGGCAGGUGGCUCGUCAGUUGCUCUACCGACCAAACCGCACGCAUCUGGGACCUUUCCACGGGCGAGACCAAAGUCGAGCUGCGCGACCACGACCAUGUUGUGGAAGUGGCCAUCUUUGCGCCCGCCUCUGCGUACGCCGCAAUCCGCGAGCUGGCCGGCUUGGUCGCACCCAAGGAUGCCUCCGCUUCUGCGCCGGGUCAAUUCGCAGCGACGGGAUCGAGGGACAAGACGAUCAAGAUCUGGGACAGCGCCGGGCAGUGUCUCAAGACGCUCACGGGUCACGACAACUGGGUGCGAGGACUGGCGUUUUCGCCUAACGGCAAGAACCUGCUUUCCGUGUCGGACGACAAGACCAUGCGCGUCUGGGACCUCAAGACGGGAAGAUGCGCAAAGACCAUCGAUGCGCAUGCGCACUUCUGCACCAGCAUCGCCUGGGGCAAAGCCAGGAUCGAGGCGCCCAUCCCACCUGCUCAGGACACCGACGCUGCCGCGGGUGCCAACGGAUCCAAUGCGCUCAAGCAAGAACCCAGGACCGUCAAUGUCGUAGCCACCUCCAGCGUCGAUCUCACCAUCAAGAUCUGGACGCCUUGA